GUGGCGCCGCCUCACAACCGAGACCCCGCGGUCCAUCUUCAAACAGGAGACCAUUCACCCGUGCCGGCAGUGAGGCCCAUCCUCCACCUAGGUGUCCCCUGGCAUCUUCCUCGAGCAUCUCAGUGAGGAUUCGUGUCGCCGAAGAAGCAUGUCGAUGGGAAUGGAGCUAGUGGGCAUCUGCCUGGGUGCGUUGGGCUUCCUGAUGUCCAUUGUGACGUGCGCCCUGCCCAUGUGGAAGGUGACGGCGUUCGUGGGCGCCAACAUCAUCACGGCGCAGACCAUCUGGGAGGGCCUGUGGAUGAACUGCGUGACCCAGAGCACGGGCCAGAUGCAGUGCAAGGUCUACGACUCCAUGCUGGCGCUACCGCAGGACCUGCAGGCGGCGCGGGCCAUGAUGAUCGUGGCCAUCAUCCUGGGCGUCCUCGGGGCGCUGGUGUCCACCACGGGAGCCAAGUGCACCAACUGCAUAGAGGACGAGGGCGCCAAGGCUAAGGUGAUGAUCCUGGCGGGCAUCAUGUUCAUCCUGGCCGGCCUCCUGGUCCUUAUCCCGGCAUGCUGGACCGCCCACGUUGUGGUGCGCAACUUCUACAGUCCCAUCUUGACCAACCCGCAGCGGCGGGAGCUGGGCGCGUCGCUCUACGUGGGCUGGGGGGCCUCCGCCCUGCUCCUGAUCGGUGGCGCCAUCUUGUGCAGCAGCUGCCCGCCCAAGGAGCGACGCUACAAGCCCCCCAGGAUGGCUUACUCGGCGCCACGCAGCAACAACACCGGGUACGACCGCAAGGACUACGUGUAGCGCUGCUAGCUUGCGCGAGGGACAACAUUGGGGACGGCAAGGUCAAACCUUGGUGCUUUCCUCAAGUCGUCCAUAGAAAAUUGCAAUUCUUUGAAACCUGACUCUUCAGUGGUCCUUCUGCAAGAACAUUUCAAAAAUCAAUUUCCGUGCAUGUCUUUCAAUUUGCAUCAAAAAUGUCGAUAUUAGAAAAGUCAUUGUGUCCGUGUGUGUGUGUGUUUGUCAGUGUCGUGUUUCACUGAAACUGCUCUCAAUUUACAUUUGCUUCUUCUUCAGGACGAUUGAUUUUUGUGCGUGUCUGUGUGUGUGUGUGUGUGUGUGUGAGGGAGAGCCCACAGUGUGGCUUCCCCACAAAGACUCCGACAUGAAGUUUCUAUUUUCCUGCUUUGCUUUAGCGUUCGUUUAGUCAUUUCCAAGUGUGUGUGUGUGUUUAGUGGUAUCACAUUUCACACUGAAACUGUGUGUCACCAGCAGCCCGCUCUCAACUUACAUUUGCUUCUUCCUUGUGUGUGCGCGUGCGUAAUAUUUGCUUAGAGCUGGACUGAAAGUGAAGAUGUGGUCUGUUGGCUUCAGGCCAAGCGCUCGCUCGCUCGCUCCCAAAUUUAGUCAUGGCGCAAACCUCCUUUCCUACAUUGUAAGUCUCUGGAUUGUAGAUUCAUCACCAUGAUUAGUCAUGAUUGAUUACAUAAAUAAAUGUAAAUUGCAUUGUAUUAGUUUCGACUUUUAUACGGUUAGCGUUAAUGCAUUUUUUUGUUUAUUUAAAAAUGAGCCUUUGUGUGAGGUUGACAUGACUUGUGUGGUCCAUUUCAAUAAAAGUAGCAAAGUUUU